GUGGAGAAUACCUGUCAAUUAGGUGUUCUAAACUGGAUAAUUCACGGUACAUCCUGAACUUAUUCUAUAUUCCAGCAGUCUACUUGGCCCGUUACCAAUAGCCCCAUUACCCUCAGCUAAUAAACGCUCCCCCCCUCCCAAAAUGGCCCGCAAACCCGUUGUUAAGAAGCUGGUAUCGUUCCUGGACGUGAUAUUGGAGGCUCCCCACCCCCCAACUCUGGAGCCACCAUCCGAAACCUCUCGCUCGCUCUUAAAUGUACCCAUCCAUGCACUCCUACUCAUAUGGAGCUACUUCAGCUUUGGACUCACCCGUGAUGUCGCCGGCACCAUGGCACGCAUGAUUCCGAACCUAAUUCUCCUCCAGAUCGGCUACGCAUAUGUGUUGCUUUCCAAGGGCAAGACCAAAAGGACCAAGAAGAAGGGCAGAGGCAACGAUAAUGUGCUUAUCUAUGCGUCACUCUUUGUUGCAUUGGUUGCAUCCAUUCCAAUCUUUUCAGUGCUCGUGUUGUUUGGCUCCCCGUUGUACGACCAUUUGAAGGAAACCUACUUGUUAGCGCUCCACUUGUCCUUUUUGAUCAUAUAUCCGUUGUUGGUUGUUUACCAGUACGAUCUCGAGGUGUGGUUCAAUUUGGCCACCUUUAAUGUCGAUUCUUUGGCUCAGAAUCCGGUUUACGUAUCAUCCGUCGCUGCCUUUGUGGGUGCCUGGUUGGGUGUCUUUCCCAUCCCGUUGGACUGGGACAGGCCGUGGCAGGCCUGGCCCAUCACCUUGUUGGUGGGCAGCUACCUCGGCUACUUUGUAGGCGGAGUCGUUCACUACUUCUUAUGAUUUAAUUUCCACGAGACCAAGGCUUUUAUUUAUUGGUUUUCAAUAUAGAUCAGUUACAUUGAUAUUACCUUAAAAAGGCAUUGAUAUGCUACUGGAAGUUUGGUGUAUCAACCCACACCGAAUAGUUCUCUAGUCUGACAUUUAUAUAAAAAUCGGCAAACCGUCCAGUGCAAGUAACACCUAUUUAUUAGUAAAAG